GCCAGAAAGAAAGAUCCAUUAUGGUCGUCUACCUAUUGGAUCGGCCUUCAUGCUCUUGGGAUGGAUGGUCAGUUUGAAUGGUCAGAUGGAACUUUGACAGAGUACACGAACUGGCAGUCAAACAACCCUGAAGCGGAAACAUACGACAAAUGUGUUCAUGUCUCCGUCUUUUCUGGUAAAUGGAAAGGCGGAAAUUGUGGUUUACAAGUUAGCGGAUUUUUUUGUAAAAGUCCAAAUGCUGUUCGCCCAACAUCGAGACCAACACCCCUUCCCACACCGAUUCCUGGAAACUGCCCUGAAGAUUGGUCUGGUUAUGGAGACAAGUGUUUUUUGUUUCAAGGAGAUUCAGAAGACACAAAACUAUCCUGGCGAGAAGCACUCAAAAGUUGCAGGAGUAUAGGAGAGAGCCACGAUCUAGCAUCUAUUCACAGUACAGGAGAACAGAUGUUCUUGACUGCCCUGAUGGGACGAUACAGGAGCGCCGCCUGGAUUGGGCUAAGCAAAUUGGACGGUUCUUUUAACAACUUUGGCUGGUCAGACAACAGCAAGUUUGAUUUUCAAGCAUGGGGCCCCGGAGAGCCAAACGGUUACAGU